UCCUCGGUGCAGGACUUCAGACGGCGCUGGCAGGAAGCAGCACGUACUUCAUACACGUGAGGCGUCAACUUUAGCAGGGGUCCGGCUCGUGUUUUCAACCGAGACCCACCGCGCGACACUAAAGGAGAUGUGUUCACAGGGUUGAAAGAGACGGCUGUGGGUUUAACACCAAAACUUCCUGAGAACUAUCAUGUCAGCUGCAUCUACAUCUGAGUUUCCUGCUCAUAAACACCACAUCUGACAUCUGUACUGCUAAAGGUGAGCUGAGCCAGGCCGACGGCAAUAGGCUCUGCCAUGUUUCCCGAUGCCCUGGAAGCAGCGGGGCGGGUGGAGGGCCUGCCGCUGUCCUCCCCACAGCCACUACCGGAGUCAGAGGAGGAGGAGGUGGAGACGUCGGUGGAGAGGGGGCCAAAGAGACGAGGCCGCUACCGUAAAAGUCUGCAGCUCCUCAAGCCCUUUAGGAUAACGCACAAGCACCAGCACCCAGUCGAUAACGCCGGCCUCUUCUCAUUUAUGACUCUGCACUGGCUCUCCCCACUGGCACUGAAGGCCUACAAGGCAUCCAGCUUGUCUAUGGAUGAUGUGUGGGGGCUGUCUUGCCAUGAAGCCUCUGAAAUCAAUUGCCAAAGACUGGAGUCACUAUGGCAUGAUGAGCUGAAAAGACGAGGGCGAGAGGGUGCAUCCCUUACGAGGGUCUUCUGGCGGUUCUGCCAAACCCGCACAUUGGUGGCCAUGUUCUCCCUGCUCGUCACAAUGGUGGCAGGCUUCGUUGUACCCGCUCUCCUGGUCCGAUCUCUGCUGGAGUAUGCCCAGUCCUCAGAGAGCUGUGUGCUGUAUGGUCUGUCCCUGGUAGCUGGGAUCUUCCUCAUGGAGCUGAUACGGUCCUGGUCCCUGGCUCUCAUGUGGGCUGUAAACUAUCGCACUGCAGCACGCCUCCGUGGGGCAGCCCUCACUUUUGCUUUCCACAAGAUCCUCUGUCUGCGCAACACUAAAGACAUCAGCCCGGGUGAGCUGAUCAACAUCUGUUCCAGUGAUGGCCAGCGGCUGUUUGAAGCUGUGUCGAUAGGCUGUCUGCUGGCGGGGGGUCCUCUGGUGGGGAUACUGGGUCUGUCCUACACUGCGUACUUCCUGGGUCCCACUGCCCUGGUGGGCUCUGCAAUUUUCAUCAUUUUCUACCCGACAAUGAUGCUUGCAUCAAGGCUGACGGCGUAUUUCCGCAAGAAGUGCGUGGCGGUGACUGACCAGCGCGUGAGGCUGAUGAACGAGAUUUUGGGCUGCAUAAAGUUCAUCAAGAUGUACUGCUGGGAAGAUGCCUUUGCUCAGAAUAUUCACAAGGUACGAUCAGAAGAGAAGAGCAUACUGGAGAGAGCUGGGAUUGUGCAGAGCCUCACGGUGGGGGUGGCUCCCAUCGUGGUGGUGAUAGCCAGUGUUUGCACAUUCACCCUACACAUGGCUCUGGGAUAUGACCUUACAGCAGCUGAGGCUUUCACUGUGGUCGCAGUUUUCAACUCUAUGACUUUCGCCCUGAAAGUCACACCACUGGCUGUGAGGUCACUGUCAGAGGGUGCAGUGGCCGUCAAAAGAUUUCAGAGGCUGUUUAUGAUGGAUGACAGAGAGGUCAUUAGAGUAAAAAUGGAGGAUCCGAGCAAUGCGGUGGAGUUUCUAGAUGCGACGCUGGCAUGGGAGAAAGCGCGCACUCCGACUUCAAAACCCAACCCGCCACCCAAGAAGAGAGGAGGGAUGAAGCGAGUGCUGCGCAGGGAGAAGCUCAGCCUGUACAUUUCCACAGAGGAGAGCAAAGCCAACAAAGACGGUCCCAACGCUCAAAGCCUCCUCACAAAUAUGGAGCAGGAGAGUCCACAAAGCACCAUAUCGUCUACUCAGAGUAUACGACCUCCGCUGCACAAGACCUUGCACCGCAUUGACUUUUGUGUUAAGAAGGGCGCUCUGGUUGGAAUCUGUGGAGGUGUCGGGAGUGGAAAGAGCUCUCUUCUUGCUGCUCUGUUGGGACAGAUGACCCUUUUAGAAGGGAGAGUAGCUGCAGGCGGUGGCUUUGCAUAUGUGUCCCAACAAGCCUGGAUCCUUAAUCACUCGCUGAAGGAGAACAUCCUGUUUGGAAACGAAUAUGACCGAGAAAAAUACUGCACCGUCCUGGAGGCCUGCUGUCUCCUCCCUGACCUUGCAGAGCUCCCAUUUGGAGACAUGACCGAGAUUGGGGAGAGAGGUGCCAACUUGAGUGGAGGGCAGCGGCAGAGAGUGAGUCUGGCCCGGGCCUUGUACAGCGACCGACCCAUACUCCUCCUGGACGACCCCCUCAGUGCUGUUGAUGCCUGUGUGGGUUCCCAUAUCUUCCAUAGAGCUAUUAAGGGAGCUGCUAAAGGCAGGACAGUGCUUUUUGUAACACACCAGCUGCAGUAUCUGUCAGAGUGUGACGAUAUAAUUCUGAUGAAGGACGGGCAGAUUGCUGAGCACGGCACCCAUGCUCAACUAAUGGGUAAAGAGCGUGACUACACUGCUCUAUUCAACAGCAUGCAACAGGAGAAUCUCAUAAAAGAUCGUUUAAAGAGCAAACAAGAGGAAGCAGGUGGCGAAAAGGUCGGCCGGGCUCUUGAAGUUGCCAAGGUCAGACCAAAUGUGGAAGGCAGAAAAGGAGAACAACUGAUGAAAGCUGAAGAGAAGGGCUCUGGCAGAGUAGCCUGGUCGGUGUACGGCGCCUACAUCAAAGCAGCAGGAGGGCCAGUCAUCUUCAUCAUCAAUAUCCUCUUCUUCCUCUCCACCACAGGAAGCAUAGCCUUCAGUAACUGGUGGUUGAGCUACUGGAUCAGACAGGGCAGCGGGAACACGUCAUUAAUCUUGGUGAAUGAAACUACGGCGAGCAACAGCAUGAGGCUGAACCCUCACAUCCAGUACUAUUCGACUGUUUAUGUCGUAUCCAUGGGAGCUGCUUUAACUCUGAAGACAAUCAGAGGUCUGGUUUUUGUAAAGUGCACGGUGAAGGCUGCCUCUGCGCUCCACGACAAGCUGUUCCGGCGAAUCCUGCUCAGCCCCAUGCACUUUUUUGAUACAACACCUCUGGGUCGUAUCCUGACCCGCUUCUCCAGAGACAUGGAUGAGGUGGAUGUGCGUCUGGCCAUGCAAGCUGAAAUGCUGCUGCAGAAUCUGAUCUUGGUGCUCUUCUGCCUGGGAAUGGUGGGCAUCGUCUUCCCCUGGUUCCUGAUCUCCAUCGUGCCCCUGGGAGCCUUUCUCUGCAUCGUCAACCGUGUGUCCAGAGUUCUUAUUCGUGAGCUGAAACGCUUGGAGAACAUUAGCCAGUCGCCGUUCACCUCCCACAUCACCAGCAGCCUUCAGGGACUCUCCACGAUCCACGCCUAUGGAAGGGGCCAUGACUUCCUCCAGAGAUAUCAGGAAUUACUGGACACCAACCAGGCUUCCAACUACCUCUUCAGUUGUGCUAUGCGAUGGCUGGCUGUCCGCCUAGACCUCAUCAGCAUCUUUCUUAUUACUGCUGUGGCUCUUUUAAUUGUCUUCCUGCACAACCAAAUACCUCCAGCAUAUGCAGGCCUCGCCAUAUCAUAUGCAGUCCAGUUAACUGGCUUGUUUCAGUUUACGGUGCGACUCCUCACAGAGACAGAGGCUCGGUUUACAUCGGUUGAGAGGAUCAAUCAUUAUAUAAAGUGUCUAGAGAGUGAAGCACCCCGGCAGAGUCCUGAGGCGACCGCUCCUGCCCCCUCCUGGCCUCAACAUGGAAAGAUCACCUUCCAAAAUGUGGAGAUGCGUUAUCGUGAUGAUCUGCCACUGGUGCUAAAGAAGUUAUCCUUCACCAUUCUGCCAGAGGAGACCAUCGGCAUUGUGGGCCGCACAGGUUCAGGGAAGUCCUCUUUGGGUGUAGCUCUGUUCAGGCUGGUGGAGCUGACAGGAGGCUCUAUUAUUAUUGACGGAAUCAAUAUUGCCCAGAUUGGACUGGAUGACCUGAGGAGCAAACUAGCCAUCAUUCCUCAAGAGCCUGUUCUCUUUAUCGGAACCGUCAGGUCAAACUUGGACCCAUGGGACCAGUAUUCUGAUGCUGAGAUAUGGGAAGCUCUGGAGAAAACUCAUAUAAAAGAGAUGGUCAGUCAGCUGCCUCAUUCGCUGCAGUCAGAGGUAACAGAGAACGGAGAGAACUUCUCAGUGGGAGAACGACAGCUUCUCUGUGUGGCCAGAGCCCUGCUGCGCAACAGCAAGAUUCUUAUACUGGAUGAGGCAACAGCAGCCAUCGACACUGAAACAGAUCGUCUCAUCCAGGAGACAAUUCGUUGUGCAUUUGGCAGCUGCACCACUCUCAUCAUCGCCCAUCGACUCAACACAGUGAUGAGCUGUAGCAGGGUCAUGGUGCUGGACAAUGGCCAGAUCGUGGAGUUCGACAGCCCUGCUUUCUUGCUGGCGGAUGAAAACUCAAGAUUCAGAGCCAUGAUAGAGGCAUCGGAAAAUCAAAUAACACGAUAAUGUAGGAGGUGACCCGGCGAUGUGAACCUUGACAAAGUAUAAAUGUUGAUAUUGCACAAAGACCCAAUUAACCAAAUCCUGCCACGGUGUGAAAGUCACACUGUGAGAUGUACAUGGGCUCUCGUCAUUCUUGUUCUGCGUAAAAGCAUCUAUUAGUUUCAAAACCAAAGAGCCAGAAAGAACAUUUAUGAGGGACAAAGAAAACCUCUCUAAUAAUCUUCCUCCUGCUCUUUGACUCUUUGUCAUGAGAGUUAUUUCCUGGAGGCCAAAUAAUUAACUGCAAAUUAAAACGGAGCAAUGACUUUGACUAAGGCACUUGAUUCUUUCACAUGGACACUUGGAAGGACAUGUAACACUCUGGUUUUUCUCCUCGUCCUCUAGGAGAUCAGCUAAUCAACGAGUCAUUUAUUGGUUUAACAAAGAACUCACAGCGCAGGAAUUCACUGUUAAGGAGAUAAUGUAGAUUAACAUCAUUGUUGAUCAAUUUAACAAUUAACCUCAUACUACACAGUAUAUUAUAGCAAUAUUUAUGACAGAUUGUAAGAAUUAAAACUUGAUUGUUCAGUUCACUUUAUUUAAGACUAUUACCAUUCCAAUGAGGCACUGUAAAAUAUAGUGUUUCACUGGUCACUGUGUUCUUAUGUUUGUUUGUUUUUAUUUUAUUUCAUGUAUCUAGUGCAGUUUUUUAAUGUAGUAAUUUUAGAAACUUUUGCAAAUACAAUAUGUGCCUAGAACUAUCGAUGUUUCAGGUCACAUAAUGGAAAUAGCCAUAUAAACAUCCUGCACCCAAGUUGUGGAAAAAAACAACGGAUCCCUCCAAAUCCAAAAUGCUGGAGUUUUUUCUGCACAUGUAUACACAAGGUAAUGUUUGAUGUUGAUGCAUUUUAUAGCCUACUCACGUGUAAACUAUGGUACAAAACAUUAUUUGCAA